AAAACUUUUUCAGACACCGACACGAAAACUGGUCACAUUUUUUGCAAAUUUUUUGUUUUGUCCAUUCUUUUUUUGGAAACAUGACGUUAUUUCAUUUUGGUAAUUGCCUGGCGCUAGCGUAUGUUCCAUAUGUCUUAGUAUACAAGUGUUCCGGCCUGUCAGAGUACAGUGCAUUUUGGAAAUGUGUGCAGGCAGGAGGUACAUAUCUGUUCACACAGUUGUGUAAAAUGCUUAUCCUUGCAACAUUUUUCCCAACAAAUGAAGUUGCAACUGAGAGUCUAGAUAUUCUAGGGGAAUUGAUGAAGUGCACUGUGGACAUUGCAGACCUAGUUGGCAUUUACUUUGUCAUGUCCAGGAUUGCUGGGAAAGGUCAACUAAAAAUAAUGGUUGCUGGCAUUGGUUGGGCAACAGCCGAGUUGGUCGUUACCAGGUGUCUACCAUUGUGGGUUGGGGCAAGAGGCGUUGAGUUUGACUGGAAAUACAUUCAAAUGAGUUUUGACUCCAACAUUAGUUUGGUUCACCAUAUCGCUACUGCAAUGCUAGUGUGGCUGUACUACAGACAGGACCUCAACAAGUCCUUUGUGCCCGUUGUCAUGGCGCUGCUGGCUCUCAGCUGCUACAGACCCCUUAUUGUCGAAAUCCUGGUGCAUGCAGUGGGCCUGGGCUCGUGGAUGUUGCUGUUUGCCAAGGCCCUGUUCACGGGGCUGGUGAGCACUAUAGCCCUGAACAUGUACAUGGGCAUGUCAACACAGGCCGUCAACUCGUACUACUGAAUGUCACAACAUCAAAGGGGGUCAGUGAUUUCAGGGUCAAUGGAUUGCGACUUGCUAAUACACACAGAGAACAAAGUACUUUAUUGAGAAAACAAAGACUAUGAUAACAUCAGAAAAGUGGAAAUUGAACACACACAAAAACAAAAGGGGGCUAAAUCUAUGUGCGUUAAGUGUCGUCACAGAUUAGCCAGUUCAAGUCUGUGCUGACUAAUCAGGGAAAUACUUUUAUACUUAGUGUACGGUAUUUUUCAUAUAACGGAAGUCACUUCUUACAAAAAAAAGUUACGGUUUAAAAAGUUGUGCCUGAUAAGUCUGUGUCGUUUGCACAUGUUCAUCUGGGACAUGACCUCGCACAGUUUGCACAUGUUCAUCUGGGACAUGACCUCGCACACAUGCAUGUUAACCUGUUUCCCUAAAGGGAGGUUUAGUUUUAAUUAUGUCUCUAGUCUUUGUUAUUGUCCAACUGUUACUCAAAAAUAGAGCAAUCAUUGUAAUAUAAUGUUUCAUGUCACUUGAUUUCUUUGUCAAUCAUGCAGUUAUACAUGUCUGACAGUAAUCUCAAUCAUAUUGCAUGUUUACAUCGGAUCAUCAGGCUAACUGUGUGUGAAGUAACUGUGAUUAUAAAUUAUGGUUAUUUGAUGCACAAUAGUUAAUAUUCAGUUUGGUUUACUGAUAUGUAUGGACUUAGUUUUUAUGUACACAUAAAUGUUGUGGCAUAUGAGAUCACAUUAAGGUGUAUAUUUUUACAACUUUUUGCUUAAAGGUGGAACUUGUGGUGAAAAUAAUUAUUACAGUUAGAGGAUUAAGAAACCUCUGAAAGAAUUUUGCUUAAUUCUAUUGUCAUGUAGGUACUGAAACUCAUAAAAGUCUAUGAGCUUAAUUGUUGAUAAACACUCCUAUUAAAUGAACAUUUGAUUUAUAGAUUUGGCCCUGUCAACAUAAUAUUCACUUGUGAUUAAAGGUACAAACAAAUCCACAAUAUUGAUGAUUAUUUAUAUGUCCGAUGUGUUUGAUGAUUAUUUCUAUGUACAUGUACGAUGUGUUUUACUGUGCAAGGCUAUCCUAGAGUUAUUUUCAUCUUUUAAUAUUUAGAAGACAAUAUGUAUAAACAUGAAAUUCAUAAAAUAAAUAUGUAAACUGUG